AUGAAAACAACGAACACAGACGAUAGUAUUGUCUGGAUUCGCUCCGUUUUUCCUUGCUUCGUCUGGCUGCACGACUUUGAUUUGUGUGAGACAUACCGUGAAUCCUGUUCUCAGGAGCAACCAAUGGAACAAAUUAAACCGGUUGUCGGUGCCGAGAUUGGUGAUUCUCGUGACGACAACCAUUCUGCAAUGAUUCAGGUAACAUGCGACAUUUAG